CGAGUCAACACCUAACGUGAAAUUUUUGUUAGUCAUUCUGCGAUAAAUUGUCGGUUUCAUUGCUGAAUGCUGUACAUAGGUGUGCGCAUAUUUGCGAGCGAGUCCGGUAACGAGCUGCACAACUCUAAACUCUAACGUUCAGUUACACGUUUGAAUCUGUGCAUUGUACCCUGCCGAACGAGUCAAGAUGUCACGGCUCUAUCCAAAUUUGCAAGAAAAAUUUAAGAGCGAGGGCAUUUGUCCCAUAUGUCUAACGGAGAUGGCAUACUCGCCGAGGUUCUCGUGCGAUACCGAUCACGUGAUAUGCCAGCGCUGCCGGCCGUACUACUUCAACUGCCCGCAAUGUCUGCGACCGCUGCGCGAGAUAGCGGCGCCGAGCCCGCGGACCUACGAGCACGCCGCGGCGAUGCAUCGGCCGCCGCCCAGCGCCCCGAACCUGGACGACUUGCAGCACUGGCAGCCGCGGCCGAUGCCCACGGAAGAGCCCCAACUGCUCGACUGCCCUUACGCGCACUUGGGCUGCAGCGCCAAGUUCGUGGAGGCGCUCAGGAACGUCCACGUUCCUCGGUGCCAGUACAAUUACGACAACGAGGCGCAGCUCGCGCAGGUCGGCGUACGCGACCAGCCGGACGAACGCGCCUGCCGGUACGAGGAUCGCGGCUGCAACGUGCGGCUGUCCCGCUGGCGCCUGCCCAGUCACGAGGGCAUCUGCAUCUACAAGGACCGAGAGCCGUCGCCCGAGGCCGACCACGCCCACUGCAGGUUCGAGUCCGCCGGCUGCAACGUGCGCCUGGCCCGCCACCACCUGUCCCGGCACGAGGACGCGUGCAUCUACGGGAGCCGAGAGCCACCGCCGUCGAGCGCCGAGCAGGACGAGGAACGCGUCGCCUGCCGCUUCCAGUCGGUCGGCUGCAACGUGCGAGCGCCUCACUGGCGCCUCCGGGCCCACGAGGACAUUUGCAUCUACAAGGAUCGCCGCGGCCCGAGCUGCUCGGUCGGGGAGCUCGGCCAGCAUCGCGAACAUGGCUUUCAUCUCCAGGAAGACCCGCCGUACCACGUGGUCGACUGUCGAUACCGCGCUUUCGGCUGCGGUUCGCGGAUGCCGCCCUGGCGUCUAAAGGACCACGAGCGUCAGUGUUUUUUUCGCAGACAGUAGACAUUAACGUCUCUCCCUCCCGUUUCUCUGCGAGAGCGUGUCUUACCUUGUCAAAUAAACGUUACUGAUGUCAAUUCCUGCAUCCGGCUGUACCUUGCAGCGGAUACGUUAUCAGCAAGUAAUCAUGGUGUAUAAAAAG